AUGGCUAUGUGUGCUUUCAACUUCGGGUAUGAUGUCGGUACUUUUGGAGGUGUCCAGGCCAUGACUAGCUUCGAUCAGCGGUUCGGCAAAUACAACAAAAGUAACGGGAGCUGGGCCCUUCCGGGAUGGAUGUCCUCCGUCAUGACCGCCACGCCGUUCCUAGGCAAGGCACUUGGCUGCAUGUCAGGCGGCUGGAUCGCUGAGCGAUGGGGUCGUCGGAUGGCUAUCUUGGCCCUCUGCAUCGUGUCAUUCAUUGGUGUCACAUUGCAGACGGCGGCGGUUGACACUGCCAUGUUCACCAUCGGACGUGUCAUCACAUUCGGCAUGACUGGCAUGGCCAUUGUUGUCGUACCCAUCUAUCAAGCCGAGACGGCACCCGAGGCUCUCCGUGGCAUGUUCAGCUCUACCAUCCAGCUCAUGAUCAUCCUUGGACAGCUGGUCGCCACAUGCGUCACCUACGGCACCAAGAACAUCGAGGGCAAUGCCGGCUGGCGCAUUCCUAUCGGCCUACAGUUGCUUCUACCAACGGUUCUCUUCAUGCUCCUGCCAUUUGUGCCUGAGUCACCCCGCUGGCUGCUUAGUCGCGAUCGCCGCGAGGACUGCGCCAAGAACCUGCGCAAGCUGCGCAAGUAUGCGUCCGAGGAGAACAUCCAGAUUGAGAUCGCAGCCCUUGCUUAUGCACACGCCAACGAGCACAAGGGAAGCUGGACCCAGGUUUUCGACAAGUCUAACAGGGUUCGAACCGCCGUGGCUGUCCUGGCUAUGUUCGGCCAACAAAUAACUGGACAGGCCUUCCCAACUCAGUAUGGGGUAGUCUUCUACAAGUCUCAAGGAUUUGGUGACAAGGCUUUCGUGUUCACUAUUAUCCAAAACGUUGUCUCUUUGGUCGCUAUUAUCUUUACAUGGUUCUUCAUCGACGGCAUUGGUCGUCGGCCCCUGUUGGUGAUUGGGGGCACCCUCAUGGCCGCCUUCCUCUUCAUUCUUGGAGGGGUAAGCUCUGCCCCCGGGCAUCUCAACCCCUCGGAAAAGAAUGUCAUGGUCGCCUCCAUUAUGCUAUUCCAAUUUUUCUACAACCUGUCUUGGGCUCCAGCCUCCUAUGUCAUUGUUUCCGAAGCUGCUGCUCAGACCGUUAAGGAAAAGACCAACCUCCUUGCCUGCGUCAUCUCUGUGCUCACGACUUUCUGUACCUCCUUCACCAUCCCUUACCUCAUCAACGUGCAGUACGCCAACCUGGGUGGUAAGGUCGGCUUUAUCUACGGUGGCAUCAACGUCAUCAUGGUCGUCGUGGCCUUUCUCUAUAUUCCCGAGCUCAAGGGCCGCACCCUUGAGGAAGUGGACCAACUCUUCGCUAGCGGUCUACCCCUGCGUAAGUUUAAGCGCAUUAGGACGAGACGUGCCGAAGAGAUAUACGAGGAGUGCGAGCAAAAGCAUAACAAUAUCGAGACUGUGGGAAAUGUCAAAGCUGCUUGA